ACUUUCUUUGGAGAAGAGAAAGAGCACAAAACCCGCGACCUCUCUGUUAACCGGAGCACACAUUUUCGGUUGCAAUUCGACUUUUCAGAUGCCUAAACGUGUUUGUGUCAUUGGAGCAGGAGCUGCUGGGCUGGCUGCAGCAAAGCAUUCGUUGGCUCAGGGACUUGAGGUAGAAGUAUUUGAGCAAACUGGAAAUGUCGGAGGAACAUGGGUCUAUUCAAAACAAACAGGCUCUCAUUCCAGUAUGUAUCAAAAUAUGACAACAAAUCUUCCAAAAGAAGUAAUGCAAUUCCGUGGAGUACCAUUCCGUAAUGAGCUUCCAUCAUUCCUUACCCACGAAAACGUUCGAGAAUAUCUUCAAGAAUUCUCUCAAGGAAUGCCAAUUCAUUUCAAUCAAACAGUGGAGAAUGUUGAACGAAUUGAUGACAAAUGGAAGGUGACCACACAUCAUGGAGCUGGUAUUGAUGAACACUUUUUCGAUAUCGUAUUUGUAUGUAAUGGACAUUAUUUUGCACCAAACAAUCCUUAUGAAGAGUCCGCUUUCGAAGGAUCUUUCAUCCACAGUCAUGAUUAUCGGCAUUCCAAAGACUAUAUCGAUAAGGAGGUUAUUGUGAUUGGAGCUGGGCCUUCUGGUAUUGAUAUUUCACUUCAACUAUCUGAAACUGCCAAGAAAAUCACCCUGAUCAGCAAAAAAGCCACGUAUCCAACACUUCCUGAUAAUAUCACUCAAAUCAGUCAACACGUGAAACAAGUAGUACCUGAAGGGUGUGAAACUGAUGAUGGAACUCUUAUUACUGCCGAUGCUAUCAUUGUUUGUACCGGAUAUUUUUAUAAGUACCCAUUCCUCAGUGACAAUAUACUUCGGGUAAAAGAAAACAAUCAACUGGUAUCACCAAUAUUCGAACAUGUUGUUCAUGCAGAAUACCCGAAUAGUUUAUAUUUUAUUGGUCUCAAUCUUGUCACAAUUACGUUUCCACUAUUUGAAUAUCAAGUAAAGAUGGCACUGUCAUUUGCAACGGGUCGAGCGCCAAUCCCAGAUCGGAAAAUGUUGAUUGAUUACGAGAAAAAUCAAAUUGAACAUCAAAAGUCUCGUGGCCUCGCUGUUCGGUUCUAUCAUCUUCUGCAAUCAGAGCAAUGGGAAUAUUUGGCACGAAUCGCGAAGCUUGGUAACUUUGACGAGUGGCCUUAUAUGAAAACAAUUGAAAAUAUCACGACAUAUCUUCAAGAAAAACGGAAAAGCAAUGUUAUCGAGUACAAGAAUAUCAAUUUCAAGUUAAGUGAAGAUGGAAUGGAUUAUGAAGUUGUUAAAUGUUGAAGUUUGAAUUUUGAAACUAUUGUUGAAAUUUGUGAAUAAACUAUUUUAAGAGA